AUGUCAGCCAGGGAUUCCAAGAACCCAUCUUGGAAUGACCAGUUCAAGAGCACCAACCAACGCGAUUUCAACCUGCAAGUGAUUAUCUCGGUUGUCUUUGGGCUGAGUGCUUUCCUCUCGUUCUGUGUUCUCCGACCCAAAUGGACGAGUUUAUAUCAUGCGCGCAAGAAACAAUCGGGCGCGGCAUCGCGUCUUCCCGAAUUACCAAAGUCGCUGUUCGGAUGGAUUCCCGUGCUGCUCAGAAUCAACGAAGCCGAAGUGCUCGCCUCUGCUGGCCUUGACGCCUACGCUUUCCUGUCCUUCUUCCGAUAUGCAGUCAAGUUCCUCUCCGUGACCCUCUUCUUCUCUCUCACCAUCAUCUUGCCCGUCAACUACAAAUUUACCGGCGAACUACCCUACCCUCCCAUCAAUGCCACCGCACCCUUUAUCGCCCCUACGUUCCUCUUUGAAGACGAUACGAAAAGGCCAAAGAAGCCGAAGAUCGAGAAGGACGACAGUUACCUAUGGAUGUACGUGGCGUUCGCGUAUUUUUUCACCGGAGUGGCCAUCUACCUCCUGGUCAGAGAGACAACAAAUAUCAUUCGCAUACGACAAGCCUAUCUCGGCAGCCAGGCUACCAUAACCGAUCGAACCCUCCGUCUUUCGGGAAUACCGAGUGAGAUGAGAUCUGAGGAAGCAAUCAAGCACUUCAUUGAAGACCUGCAGAUUGGGAAGGUUGAUAGUGUCAUGCUGUGCAAAAACUGGAAGGCUCUGGAUGAAUUGAUGGCCAAGCGCAUGACGUGCCUGCGGAAAUUGGAAGAGUCUUGGGCGUCGUACUUAGGCCAUCACCAUUCAAUGCGCCAUUCCCGACGCACCCACAGACAGGGGAAUGGUAUUGACGGCGAUGAAGAAAGUGGAGCUCUGCUGUCAAGAUCGGAAAUGGAACAGGCUCAUGCAACGCCCGCCGACAGACCGCGGCCGACCCACACUAUCCGAUACGGUCCGCUCAAGCUUUACGGCAGGAAGGUUGAUGCUAUCGAUUAUUUCGAGGAAAAGCUACGGGUCAUGGACGAAAAGAUACAUGCAUUGAGGUCGACCGAGUUCAAGCCGACUCCAUUAGCCUUUGUCACCAUGGAAUCUACCGCAGCCAGUCAAAUGGCUGUGCAAGCCAUUCUAAGCCCUAAGCCAGGAGAACUCCUUGCCAGCCUAGCCCCUCCACCGGCCGAUGUUGUCUGGAAGAACACGUAUAUCUCUCGCAACAUUCGCAUGGCCCGGUCCUGGAGCAUUAUGAUCUUCAUUGGCUUCCUAACCAUCCUGUGGGCUGCCAUUGUCGCCCCUUUGGCUGGUCUGCUCAGUAUCGAAGUCAUUGACAAAGUGCUGCCUGGCUUGGCUCAAGCACUAGAGGACCACGAGAUCAUUCGAUCCCUCGUUCAAACGGGUCUCCCUACCCUGUUGUUCUCGCUAUUGGCUCUGGCCGUUCCGUACUUAUACGACUGGCUUGCCAAUCAGCAGGGAAUGACAUCUCAGGGCGACGUGGAAAUGUCGGUGAUAUCCAAGAAUUUCUUCUUCAUCUUUUUCAACCUGUUCAUCGUCUUCACGAUAUGGGGCUCCGCCACCACAUUCUACGACUUCUGGCAGGACUUGCGAGACAUCUUCCGCGACACGGCCGGAAUAGCCUACGCAGUUGCUAAAGCUCUCGAACAGCUUUCGCCCUUCUACGUCAACCUCAUUGUCCUCCAGGGCUUGGGACUCCUUCCAUUCAGAUUACUCGAGUUUGGCUCAGUCGCAUUGUACCCUUUCUAUCUCAUUGCGGCAAAAACACCCCGGGACUAUGCGGAAUUGUCUCAACCGCCAAUCUUCAGUUACGGCUUCUAUUUACCUCAGACCAUGCUUAUAUUCAUCAUCUGUGUUGUCUACAGCGUUCUUCCAGCCUCCUGGAUGAUCACCCUUUUCGGCUUGGUGUACUUCCUCAUCGGUGGUUUCAUCUACAAGUACCAGCUACUCUACGCCAUGGAACAUCGUCAGCACUCGACCGGGCGGGCUUGGCCCAUGAUAUGCAACCGCAUCAUCACAGGACUGAUCCUCUUCCAGGUUGCCAUGACCGGCAUUCUUGCGUUACGAGGAGCUUUGACGGCCUCAGUGUUCUUGGCCCCAUUGCUGGCUGGGACCAUUUGGUUUACUGUGUAUUUCCAGCGCACAUACGUCCCUCUCAUGCGUUUCAUCGCUCUUAAGAGCAUUGAUCGUGCCAGCUCGCCCCAGCUUCCCACGCCGCCGGAGUCUGCUUGGGAUAGAGAUACCGACUACGGCCAAGACGUCGACACAAGCCGCGACACCGGUCUCCGGUAUAUCAACCCUAGCCUUGUCCGGCCACUGGAGACUUUGUGGAUACGGAAACCUGGUCACGGACGCCCGGAGCACAGUCAGACUUGA